UGCAGAGUUGACCGCGCAAGUUAAACGUUAGCUAAAAACACUCGGUGCUUUUUUUGACAAACGUUGUUAAAAUGCGACUUAUAACUACUUUGUGGUAAUGCUCUUUCCGCCAUGUAUGUUAAGUCUAGUACAUUUCUUUGAGAGGACUUACCCUGCGUUUUUAAAAAGUUGUAGUUGUAUUUCCUUGAGGACUAACGUUAGCUUUUUGUAGCUAACCAAGUUACUGCUGGUGUUGUCAACGGUAACCUAGCAGCCGAAGUAUCAUGGAAACCUCAGGAUGGAUGUUUACUGACAUUUUAACACACAUCUACAUUUAACUUAUCUUGACAAGCGGUGUUAAAUAACAACAAACAUUUGGUUUCCACUUUCAAAAGACAGCUUGCUAAUUCAUGAACUCAAGUGGAAUUUGUUGUAGCAGUUAGUACUGACUUAACGUACCUAAAAGUAAUCACAAAUGUAGUUAGCUAGUGUCUAAACCAAUUUCAAAGCAGCUUUUAUGCAGAACAAAUGUAAUUUCGUGCUACAAGGCAAUGUUUAGCCAUGUUUUCCUAACUCCAACGAGCUAACUGACCAGCUAACACUGACAUUGUGUAGCUGACAGGUUUUUAUUCUGCACAAUUCCUCGUUAAAUAUGAACGAACACGCUACUGCCAAGAUGCCUGCUGCUCUGGACUGGGAUAAAGUGACCAGAAUUGACCCAGAGAGCCUGCUUGAAUGUGACAAUGACCAAGUGGACGAAGUCUUCGGCAUGUUUGUUUUGACGGAGGAUUGGGAGGUGAAGGAUAAAGCCCCGGAGAACAUCGUUCAAGUCCUCAGAGUGUUCCAGACCCUAUUAAAGAUUAAGGACCAGGAAGCUACUAUUGCUGCCAACUUUGUCGAGGACAUUGGUGUAAAGCAUGCUAAAACCGAGAAGGAACUCCUUUCCAAGGUGUCAAGGCUGGAACGAGAGCACAAGCACUCCGGCACGGGGCCAGACAGCCGCUUUCUGAGGGAUGAGAUCUGGCAGCUCGAGACCCAGCUAGAGCAGAAGGAGAAGGAGUUGACCCAAUUAAAGAAAGACAUGGGGAAGGAAAAGAACACAACCGAGGAGUUGCUCGCGCGAGCAGAGGAGGCUGAGGAUGAGGUCAAGAAGCUAAAGAGAGAGAAUGAGCAGCUCCUGCAGGACGUUGACUUCUACCGCGGGGAGUUGGAGCAGAAACAGCCGUCGCCGUCCAGAGACGAGAGCGCAGAGACGCAGAGGAAACUCAACCUGGCCAACCGGCAGCUCUACCAGUGCCUGGAAGACCUUCAGCGAGCGGAAGAUGACAACGCACACCUGAAGACGCAGAACGAGCAGAUGCAGAAAAGUCUGGAGGAGUCGGUGAGGGAGAUGGAGAAGAUGACGGACGAGUACAACAAGAUGAAGAUCGUUGUGCAGCAGACCGACUCCAUCAUGGACCAGCUCAGGAAAGACAGGGAUCAUUCAAAGCUGCAGGUCAGAGAGCUAACUGAUAAGAUCCAUAACAUGAAUGAAGAGGACGACCCAAUCAUGGUAGCAGUCAAUGCUAAAGUGGAGGAGUGGAAGAGAGUGCUUUCUGCGAAGGACGAUGAAGUUCUCGUUUACCAGCAGAUGAUUCGCGAUCUGAGGGAAAAGCUGCGCUCCGCCCAGAUGGACUUGGACAAAAGCAACAUCAUCGCCUUGCAGCAGGCCGUCCAAGAGAGGGAUAAUCAAAUCAAGAUACUGGGCGAGCAGGUGGAGCAGUACACAGGAGAGAUGGAGAAGCACACCCUGCUCAUCGAGGAGCUAAAGACGUCCACAAAGAAAGACAGAGGCCUGCCAUCGGCCAUAACGCAGAGAAAGAUGGAGGAGCUGAUGUCCAAGCUGGAGGCUGCAGACACCAGAGCAGCGGAAGCAGAGCGGGCUGUAACGCUUGCAGAAGCUCACGCUGAGGAAAAAGACAAAGCACUCAUUGAGGCCUCAAACCGAUUGAGUCAGUAUGAGUCUGGUAUUUACGGACUGGAAGCAGCCAUUGUAGAGAUCAAAGGGUGUAAAACUCAAAUUAGAGUGAGAGACCUUGAGGCUGAGGCCAUGACCAAAGAGAUCAACCAGCUUGAGAUGAGAAUCAAUGACCUCAUGGACGAAAACGAGGAUUUCCGAGAAAAACUGGGUCUGGAGCCAAAACAGGAAGUAGAUCUGACUGUGUUCAGGCGAGCCAAAGAUCUAAGACAGCGACAGUACAAAGCAGAAAAUCAAGUCCUCACCAAAGAGAUCGAACGGCUGGAAGAAGAAAGACUUGAGCUGAAGAAAGAAAUACGGCGCAUUGUGAAGGAAAGAGGCAUCCCUCAGUCCAGCCUUUGGCAGGAGGAGGACCCUCGGUCCAGCAGAAGUGAACAGCUGCCUCUCAAACACAUCAGCACUUACACAGAUGAAGAGAUCAGACGCAAAAAUGAGGAACUGAGCAAUAAGGAGAGAGAGCUCAAACUCCAGAAGACCCAGUUCUACAUGAAGCUGGAUGAGCUGUCAAAAGAGAAAGGAGACCUGGAGGCUGCGCUGAGAGACGUCCUCAGAGCAAUGAGGAAUAGCCGAGAGACGGCUCCAUCUGAAGCUGCCAUCGACAUCUCCCGUCUGGAGAGGUUAGCCAAGGUUAUAGAUGGCAGCAACAUGAUUGGGCAGUCUGAGUCCCAAAUCCAGCAGCUGUUGGGGAGAAAUGAAGAACUGAGGCAGGAGUUGAAGUUGGCCCGGGAAGAAGCAACCAGCAAUUUCAGUCAGCUCGCCGGAGCCAAAGAAAAGGUGAGCCGUCUGGAAGGAGAGGUGCAGUUGUUGAGGAGGUCAGGCGGUGAGGGGGCUGACCUCCGACCCCUGACCCUCCCCGCGGCCCUGGAUCCCGGCAGCACUGAGGUCAUUAGUCCUCUGAACGAGUACGCUGUUCGACUCCUUCAGGAGCUCAAAAACAAGGAGGAAACCCUGGAGAAACUCACAGGAACGCUGGAGGAAUACAAGGAGAAGUUUUCCGUCAUCAGCCACCAACAGGGACUCCUCUAUAAAGAAUACCUCAGUGAAAAGACGGAGUGGCAAAAGGAGAAAGAAACCUUUGCAGAGAGGAAGAACAGGCUGGAGGAGCAGAAGCAGGUGGACGCUGUUAAAAUCCAGGAAUUCAACGAGCUGCUAGACACCCUUCAAAAGGACCCAGAGGAAAUCAGGAGACAGUUGAGCGAAGCUUUGCGAAGGUCCACGCUGCUGAAGGUUAACGAGAAGAAGCUAACGAGGCGCUACACCACGCUGCUGGAGCAAGAGCAGCACCUUCGCAAGGAGAACGGCAAGAUGAAGGACGACAGCAGCAACAUGCAGGCCUCCGUCACCCAGAGGAUGGGCUACCUGCAGAGAUACAAGGAAAUGGCUGCUUAUAAGAUAGCAGCGUUACAAAAGGCCUUGGAUGACAGUGUGCUCUCAUCAGAGCUGGAGAAGGCCAACAAGCAGUACACGGAGCUAACGGUCAAAUACAGAGACGUGCUGCAGAGAGACAGCCGUCUCAUUCAGAGAACCAGCAACCUGGAACAUUUGCAGGGUGAGAAUGAGUCUUUUCGGGAGCAGAUCUCAGCCAUGAACAAAGAACUGGAGAUCACGAAGGAGAAACUGAACACUUUAGAACAAGCAUGGGACAAUGUCAAUACAACAGGAGGUGAAACGAGCAUGGAUAAGGCUGACAAGGCGUUUGCCAACAAAGAGAUGGUGUCAGCCGCCCGGCGCAUCACCACUCUGGAGAUGAAGGAGCUGAACGAGAGGCAGAGAGCCGAGCACGCACACAAAAUGUACGAACACAUGAGAAAGUCCCUGAAGCAAGUGGAGGAACGCAAUUCAGAACUGGAGUCCAAGUUUGCAGAGUUGACCAAGAUGAAUGUGGAGGCGCAGAGGGUGGAGCGCGAGCUGAGAGACGAGCUGGCCGACAGCGUCAGUCAAGCUGCGAGCGACGCUGACAGAGCCCGGGUUGGAGAGCUGGAGAAGAACGAGGCGGAGCUCCGCAUCGAGGUUUCUAAGCUGCAGGAGGUGUCCGAUGUGGCUGUGAUGCAGGUCUCUGCUCUUCAGGCCCGACAGCAGAGCAGAGAGAAGGAAGUGGAAGCUUUGAGGAGACAGAUACAGGACUACCAGUCUCAGUCAGAUGAGAAGGCCCUGAUAGCGAAGCUGCACCAGCACAUCGUGGCUCUGCAGCUCAGCGAGUCGGCUGCUUCGUCCAAACUGGAUGCCGCCACAUCUCGCGUCCAACAGCUGGAGGUUCACAAACUGCGCGCCGAUCAGCGACUGGACGCCAGCGAGCGCUCUCUGUUCCUCGCUCGACAGGAGGGAAGAAACCGCUCCAAACACCUCCGUCAGACCAUCCAGUCGCUACGCAGGCAGUUCGCCGGAGCCAUACCUCUCCCCCAGCAGGAGAAGUUCUCAGUGGUUAUGUUUAGCCUUCAGGAGGACAGAGCAACAGCCCAGGAGGAGAAGAGGAAGGCGGAGGAGGAGAGGAAGAGGGCAGAGGGCAGGGCGGAGGAACUGGAGCUUAGACUCAGGGGCCUGGAGGAGCUCAUCGCUACACUGAAGGACGUGAAAGGAGCCCAGAAGGUCACUGAGUGGCACAAAAAGAUGGAGGAUGCCCGUCUGCAGGAGCUGAGGAAAGGCAGGGAGCUGGCGGUGCAGAAGGAGGAGAUCAGGUACCUGAAGACGCUGGUGGAGGAGCAGGAGCGAAACAUCCGCUCGCUGGAGGAGGACGUUGUUCAGCAACACAGGCUUCAGGAGGAACACCAGCUGGCUCAUGAUCAGCGAGAGGUGGAGCUGGAGCGCCAACUGGAGCAGUACGAGAAACACCAGAGCGAAAUACUGAGCAGUUCGGAAAAGUAUGAGUAUGGUACAGGAUCCCUUCCAGACCAGAGUCUUCCUCUCGCUCAUCAGCUGGAGUUUGCGUUGGGUAAAGUCAGAGAGCAUGUCCGCACCAUUUUGGAAACACAGGCCACCUGCAAAACUCUGGAUGAGAAGUUGAAGGAGAAAGAAGCCGCUCUGUGGAAGGCAGAACAGAACAUUGUUUCCAGAGAUCGAGUGAUCAACGAGCUGCGUCUUCGCCUCCCGGCCGCUGCCAACAGAGAGCGGCUGCUAGCUGACCUGAAGAAGCACGAGGAGGGUCAGCCGGAGGGUCAGCGCACCCUGAAGCUGGCCCACCAGACCAUCAAAGACCUCCAGGGGCGGAUCGACAAGAAGGAAGACGUGCUGAAGAAGUACCAGAAGCAGUUAACUCAAGCCAGACAGGACCAGGAGGAGAUGAUAAAGAGACAUCAGGAGGAGAUGAAGAUGUUGCAUGAGAAGUUGGACUUGCAAACGGACACCUCUCUCGACCGCUUCAAACAGACUGCAAUGGAGUUGAUGAAGAAGCCCAGCAUCAGGGUGCCGACCAACAAGCACCUGGAGCGCCUGGCUGAGCUGGAGCAGACGGUGUCGGAGCAGGACGUCUCGCUUUUCUCCGUCACAGAGAAGCUGAGGCUGAGCAACGCUGAGCUGGAGAGACAGAGGAGCGCCAUGGAAACACUGGCUAAGAAACACGCAGAGGAAACGUCAAAGUUGGAGGAGCACCAUGCCUUCCAGGUGAAGGCUCUGACCGGUGACAGUGAGGAUCAGACGAACAGAAUCGCCCAGAUGGAGAAGGAGAUGACCUUCCUCCAAACUGAGCUGUCCGCCCAGAAGGAGGCCAACGUGCGCUCCCCCAGCAACACCAUGAAGAACCUGGUGGACCGACUGAAGGCUCAGCUCACCCAGAGAGAGAAACAGCUCAAGGCUCUCAGUAAAGCUCUGCUGGAGCUGCGGGCGGAGAUGACGUCCGCCGCCGAGAGUCAAGUCAUCGCCGGCGCUGCUCAGAGAGAGGAGAGCCUCAAUGUUCAGAUGCUGGUGGACAGGCACACCAAAGACCUUAAGGUGCGGGUGCAAGAACUUAAUGAAGAACUUCAAUCGGCAAAGGAUUCUGCAAGAGCAGCGCGAGGCCGGGAGAACAGCCUGAGAGAGGAAGUGGACGGGCUGACCCAGGAUCUGCAGAGGAGUGUGAAGGCUCAGAGACGCCUGCAGGCGGAGAGGGAGGAGCAGGAGCAGGAGGUCCAGGAGCUGAAGCAGAAAGCCAAGAGGUUCAGCAGCGCCCUCCAGAGCCAACCAGAACCAGAUGGGAAGGGGCCGAGUGCCGAGAGUCUGCACAAGAAGAUCAGGAGGCUAGAGUCUGAGCUGGACCAAAGAGCAGAAGGGAAAAAUCUCAAGGAUGAUCAUGAAAAGACCAAAGGAGAAGUGGUGCGUUGGGAGGAGGGGAAGAGAUGGCAGGCCAAGAUGGAGAAGAUGAAGAACUCAUUGAGGGAUAAAGAGAGAGAGAACGAAGCUCUUUUGAAACAACUCGGCACUCUCAGAGACCUCUAUUCCAGACUGGAGCAGGAGAAGAGCGCUCUGGCUAGGAAGAUGAAGGGUCGAGGCGUGACGGCAGAUCUUGUGGUGGGAGUGCGGAACGCUGAGAUGGAGACGGAGCUGGAAGAACUCAAGAAUAGGAACUCAGAGCUGGAGAGACAGAUCCUCACCAUCAAGUAA